GAAAAGGGUUCUGGAGACUGCACAAUGAGAAUGCACCUAACUGUGCACUUAAAAUUACUAAGAUGGUAAACUUUAUAACUAUGACAUUUCACUACAAUUUUAAAAAAAACAACAAAAAGCUGAAACAAACAUCUCCAUCCUGGGGAGGACCGAGAUGAGAGCCGGCCCAGCUCUGUGCUUCCUCUAGGGCCUCUCAGGCAACAGGCACCGCCACCACGGCCGCGAGCCGCAGCGCACCGAUGCCCCAGGAAUGUCACAGAAGACUGAGGAGGCCAGAUGGCAGGGCCGGGGAGGGGGGGAGCCAAGGCCAGGAGGGGGAGGAGGGGCCCACUGCUCAUCCCGAUGCCACACACCUCACUUAGCCAUGGACAGGGCCCGGCGGCAGCAGGCGCUGGCCCUCCUCCCCAUCUGCCUCGCCCUGGCCUUCUCCCUCACAGCCCUGGGCAGCAGCCACUGGUGUGAGGGGACCCGGAGGGUGGCCAAGACACCAUGUCGGGACCACGCAGGAGGACUGCACUGCAUUCACUUCAGCGGGGGCAGCGGCGACGGCAGAACAGGCAAGGAGAGCCAGGCCGUCCAGUACAUUUGGGAGAUGGGGGACGACAAGUUCAUCCGACGCAGGUUCCACGCGGGGCUCUGGCAGUCUUGUGAGGAGAGCCCGGGCGGAGGCGCAGGUGAAAGGUGCAGGAGUUUCCAGAGUAUAAUACCCGCUGAAGAACAAGGUGUGUUGUGGCUGUCCAUCGGGGCCGAGGCCCUGAAUACCCUCCUGAUGUUGACAAGCGCCAUCCUUCUGGGCUCCAGAGUGAGUUACAGCAGCUCUGGGUCUCACUGGUUCCAGGUGGAUGCUGCUGUAGCCGUCCUCAUGGUGCUUGCAGGGCUCCUGGGCAUGGUGGCCCACGUGAUGUACAUAACCAUUUUUCAAAUCGCUGUGAGCCUUGGGCCAGAAGACUGGAGGCCUCAGACAUGGAAUUAUGGCUGGUCAUACUGCCUCGCCUGGGGCUCUUUUGCCCUCUGCAUGGCUGUGUCGGUCAUGGCCAUGAGCAGAUACUCAGCAGCCCACCUGGAACACACAGAGGAGCAGAGGGUGCAGAAAGGCAGCCGGCACUCUCAACACAAUGUCCCGGAACCCAAGGCUCUGGAAGCAGUGUGGGAAACAGAAGCUGCUCGCAGCCUUGCGGGGCAAGCACUCGUGACUUUCUCUGACCACCUGCCACCAGGUGCCCCAGUUAGGGUGUCCAUGUGCUAGCCAGUGCUGGUGGCUGCCAGAUCUGCACAGGCACACAAGCCGGGCUCUGAU